GCUGCUCUCCGCUGUCGCUCCCGGGCCUCGGGAUGACACCGCCUCCGCCCGGAUGCGCCUCCCUCGGCGCCCCGCGCGCCCGCGUUCCCAGUCCGCUGGCUCGGUCCGGGCUCCCGCUGCGGCUGCUGCUGCUGCUCUGGACGGUCGCCGCCUCCCAAGGCCACCCGAGGAACGGACCCCGCAUCUCCGCUGUCUGGAAAGGCCAUGCAGGGCAGGACCAUGUGGACUUUGGCCUGGCCGAGCCGCACACGGUGCUUUUCCACGAGCCGGGCAGCUCCUCCGUGUGGGUGGGUGGACGCAGCAAGGUCUAUGUCUUCGACUUCUCCAAGGGCAGGAACGCCUCCAUGCGCACAGUGAACAUUGUCUCCACGAAGGGGUCCUGCCGGGACAAGCAGGACUGCAAGAACUACAUCACGCUCCUGGAGAAGCAGGGUGAGGGCUUGCUGGUCUGCGGCACCAAUGCCCGGCGCCCCAGCUGCUGGACCCUGGUGAAUGACACUGCAGAGUUGCUUGGUGAGAGGAGAGGCUAUGCCCCCUUCAGCCCGGAUGAGAACUCCCUGGUUCUGUUUGAUGGCUCUGAGGUGUACUCCACUAUCCGGAAGCAGGAAUACAAUGGGAAGAUCCCUCGGUUCCGCCGUAUCAAGGGUGAGAUUGAGCUGUACACCAGUGAUACUGUCAUGCAAAACCCGCAGUUCAUCAAGGCCACCAUUGUGCACCAAGACCAGGCCUACGAUGACAAGAUCUACUACUUCUUCCGAGAGGACAACCCUGACAAGAAUCCCGAGGCCCCUCUCAACGUGUCCCGAGUGGCCCAGCUGUGCAGGGGGGACCAGGGUGGAGAGAGUUCACUGUCCGUCUCCAAGUGGAACACCUUCCUGAAAGCCAUGCUGGUGUGCAGCGAUGCCACCAGCAACAAGAACUUCAACAGGCUGCAGGACGCCUUCCUGCUCCCUGACCCUAAUGGCCAGUGGAGGGACACUAGGGUCUAUGGCGUUUUCUCCAACCCCUGGAACUACUCUGCUGUCUGCGUGUACUCCCUCGGUGACAUUGACAAGGUCUUCCGCACUUCCUCACUCAAGGGCUAUCACUCAGACCUUCCCAACCCACGGCCUGGCAAGUGCCUCCCAGACCGGCAGCCGAUACCCACAGAGACCUUCCAGGUGGCCGACAGUCACCCUGAGGUGGUGCAGAGGGUGGAGCCCACGGGGCCUCUGAAGACGCCACUGUUCCACUCUAAGUACCACUACCAGAAAGUGGUUGUCCACCGCAUGCACGCCAGCAACGGGGAGACCUUCCAUGUGCUUUACCUAACCACAGACAAGGGCACCAUCCACAAGGUGGUGGAGUCGGGGGAACGGGAACACAGCCUUGUCUUCAGCAUCUUGGAGAUCCAGCCCUUUCACCGUCCGGCCACUAUCCAGGCCAUGUCACUGGACUCUGACCGGCGGAAACUUUAUGUGAACUCCCAGUGGGAGGUGAGCCAGGUGCCCCUGGACCUGUGUGAGGUCUACAGUGGGGGCUGCCAUGGCUGCCUCAUGGCCCGAGACCCCUACUGCGGCUGGAACCAGGACCGCUGCGUCUCCAUCUACAGCUCCCCAAAGUCAGAGCCAGUGCUGCAGUCCAUCAAUCCAGCCGAGCCACACAAGGGGUGCCCCAACCCAAAGCCAGAACAAGCCCCACUGCAGAAGGUUUCCCUGGCCCAGAACUCUCGCUACUACCUGAGCUGCCCCAUGGAGUCCCGCCACGCCACCUACUCGUGGCGCCACGAGAACAGUGUGGAGCAGAGCUGUGAGCCCGGCCACCAGAGCCCCAACUGCAUCCUGUUCAUCGAGAACCUCACGGACCUCCAGUACGGCCACUACUACUGCGAGGCCCAGGAGGGCUCCUACCUCCAUGAGGCUCAGCACUGGCAGCUGCUGCGCGAGGAUGGCGCCAUGACCUCACACCUGCUGGGCCGCGCCCGCGCCCUGGCUGCCUCCCUCUGGCUGGGUGUCCUGCCCACGCUUACUCUUGGCCUGCUGGUCCAUUAGGGCCUCCUGGGGCUGGGCAUGCUGCGGGCUUCUGCAGCCCCAAGGCACUGGAAAAGUCUCACACCCAGAACCGGCUGGGCCCGGAGCUCCUUGCCCACCACUUCUUCCAGGGGAACUACAUAACCCGACGGGGAACGCCAGGCCUGGAGAUGGCCAGCCGCAGGCGGCUGCUGGGCCCCGGUGGGGCAGGGGUGGGUGUGGGCCAGAGAAUGGAGGCUCUGACUGUGAAGCUGGCGCCUUGCUGACCCGAGACUUUAUCUUUUGGAGACCAUUUUUCAAAAACUGCUCCUCAAACUGACUAAAUGCAAUGAUGCUCUUGGCCUAAGAGCCUGUGGCCCAGAGAGUGGGGUUUAAAAAGGGGAGUUGGGACCCCAUCUCUGGACGUUUGGGCUGAGGCCUGAGUCCUUCUGGACUCUCUAUACCCAAAUUGCCCCCCUCAUCCUCCCUCCUGCCAUGGCUGGGGGUGGCUAGUGUUCCCGCAGGCCCAGGGCUGCCCUCUGUGGCCCCCUCACCAGCCCUGGGUCUCACUAGGCAGCUGCCUUGCAUGUUUAUUGAAGGAUGUUUGCUUUCCGGACAGAAGGACGGAAAAAGCUCUAUUUUUAUGUUAGGCUUAUUUCAUGUAUAGCUACUUCUGACUGCAUCUGUAUGAAAUACCAAAACUGCGUGCUGGGGUGGGGUGGGGAGGGAGGGGCUGGGGAAGGGAUG